CUCAAAUGCGCACCUCCGAAAUGAGACGCAAGAGACGCGUAUUUACGACUGCCCGGAGUAUAAAGGAGCGCCUGGAGAAACAGUCAGCAUCUCAUUGUCUUGAGGGACUGUUCUGUUUGAUCGCGACUAUAUCGACUCCGUAGAGUGAAGAUGGCAGAGGAUCGUACCACACUUCCUGUUUGUCUUGGACAUGGAUGAUGCUCUCGGGUGAAGGUAACUGAGGCAGGAAUCUUGACGUCCCAUUAGUAACUGUACUGAUAAAAACCUCUCGGAUUUCAUCAAAAAUAUCUUAAUUUGUGUUCUGAAGAUUAACGAAGGUCUUACGGGUGUGGAACGGCAUGAGGGUCGUUCUGAGCAGCUGAAUUUCUUCAACAAGAAGAUCCCAGUGUUGAUCUGUUUUCAAUGGCAGUUUAGCCGCAGUAAUGUCAGAGGAACGAGGAAAUGACUCUCUCUCUAAGAUGAGUCUCUCAGAGAAACAGAGGGAAAGAUCAGACUCAGAGGUUUCCAGCUCUGAGUCUGUGAAGAGUGACCAGUCGAAAGGUGACGUGCCAUAUUUCACUGAAGAAACACCUACCAAAAGUGAGAGAUCAGAUUCAGACCCACAUGUGUCCUUCAAUGAGGAAACUCCAUCACAAUCCAAAAGUGAAAGAUCAGGUUCACCAGUAUUCAGCUCUGUGUCUAUGAAGAGUGACCAUUCAAAAGGUGAUGGUCCAAACUUCAGUGAGAACAAAACAUCACCUGCCAAAAGUGAGAGAUCAGGCCCACACGUGUCCUUCAGUGAAGCAACUCCGUCACAAAUCAAAAGUGAAAGAUCAGGUUCACCAGUAUUCAGCUCUGUGUCUAUGAAGAGUGACCAUUCAAAAGGUGAUGGUCCAAACUUCAGUGAGAACAAAACAUCACCUGCCAAAAGUCAAAGGUUAGUUUCAUAUGAGUCUAGCUCUGUGUCUGUGAAAAGUGACCAUUCAAAAGGUGAUGGACCAAACUUCAGUGAGAAGAAGCCAUCAUCUACCAAAAGUAAAAAAUCAGGCUCACAUGUGUCCUUCAGCAAAGAAACACCAUCACGAACCAAAAGUGUAAGAUCAGAUUCGCAUGUGUCCAGUUCUGUGUCUGUGAAGAGCGACCAUUCUAAAGGUGAUGGACCAAACUUCAGUGAGAAAACACCAUCUAAAAAAAGUGAAAGAUCAGGCUCACAUGUAUCCUUUGUGUCUGUAAAAAGUGACCAUUCAAAAGGUGAUGGACCAAACUUCAAUGAGAAAACACCAUUUUACAAAAGUGUAAGAUCAGGCUCACAUGUAUCCAGCUUUGUGUCCAUGAAGAGUGACCAUUCAAAAGGUGAUGGACCGAACUUCAGUGAGGAAACACCAUCACCUUCCAAAAGUAACAGAGGGCAGAAGACCACAGUAAAUAUUGGUGCAGAAUUUUCACGGUGGAAAACUCUAAAAGCACAGAAGGGAUUGAAGAGUGAUGUGGAACUGGCAACUUUUCUUCUUAACAGGGUUCAAUUUGAGAAAUCGGACUCAGAUUACAAGAAUUACCGCAACCGCAAGGAUUUCAGAGAAAAUCUUCUUUGGAUCUUCAAGGCUGUUGAGAACAAAAUACUCAUAUUUCUGAAGAAUGAGCUGGAAAAGUUUAAGAAAAUAUUAAAAAAAGAGAACACACAAUACUUUGUGCAGGACUUUAUAGAGGAAAUGCGUGAUGUCAAAGAAGCAGCUCUUGAUAUGACACUCUUUUUCCUGAGAGAUAUGAAGCAAGUUGAGGCUGCAGAUGCUCUACAAGAUGAGCUGGUCCUCAUUCAUCAGCGACCGCUAAAAUCAAAUUUGAAGAAGAAGCAUCAGUCUGUAUCUGAAGGAAUUGCAAAGCAUGGCGACUCCAAGCUUCUGAAUAACAUCUACACAGAUCUCUAUAUGACUCUGGGUGCUAUUAAACAAGUCAAUACACAGCACGAAGUAAGGCAAGUUCAGGUUGCUGACAGGCGACAUGAAUCACAAGAGAUAGCAGUUGAAUGCAAAAAUUUGUUUAAAGCACCUGAACAAGACAAGGAGAUCAGAACUGUACUGACAAAAGGAGUUGCUGGCAUCGGAAAAUCCAUCUCUGUGCAAAAGUUUAUUGUGGAUUGGGCUGAAGGAAAAGAAAAUAAGGAUAUUACUUUCAUAUUUCCCCUUGCAUUUCGAGAGAUGAACUUAAAGGAGAAAGAAAAACAAAGCUUGACAAGUCUUAUAAGUCAGUUUUUCCCAGAGAUAAAAGGACUGAACCUGGCAAGAAAUGAUAAAUUCAAAUUCCUCUUCAUCCUUGAUGGAUUGGAUGAAUGUCGUCUUCCUCUGAACUUUGAUGGUAAUGAAACAUGCCGUGAUGUGUCGUCACCAGUCUCCUUGGAUGUUCUCCUAACAAACCUCAUCAAGGGAAAUCUGCUUCCUUCUGCUCUCAUCUGGAUCACCACCAGACCAGCAGCUGCCAUUAAGAUUCCUCCUGAAUGUAUUGACCGUGUGACAGAAGUACAAGGAUUCAAUGAUGCACAAAAGAAGGAGGAGUACUUCAGAAAAAGAUUCACUGAUGUGGAUCUGGCCAAUGAAAUCAUUGAUAAUGUUAAACAAUCAAAGAGUCUCUUUAUCAUGUGCUACAUCCCAGUCUUCUGCUGGAUUUCAGCCACUGUUCUCCAGAACAUUUUGGAGGAGAAAAGAAAUAAUGAUCUGGAAAAAAAUAAGGGUGAUGACACCUCUAAAACACUGCAGGAAUCAAAUACUGAAGACACUCCCAGGACUCUGACACAGAUGUACACACACUUUCUCCGAUUUCAGAUCCUGCAGAGUCGUCGAAAGUACGAGGGAGAAUACACACCCAAUAUUUCCUGGGAUAAAGAUGCCAUCCUUUCACUGGGGAAACUAGCAUUUCACCAGCUGCAAAGAAACAAUCUGCUCUUUUAUGACACAGAUCUGGAAUCCUGUGGUAUUGAUGCCUCUAAAGCAUCAGUGUAUUCAGGCAUGUGUACCCAGAUCUUUAAGGAGGAAAAAGGGAUCAUUCUCGGUACCACUUUCUGCUUUGUUCACUUGAGCAUUCAAGAGUUUAUAGCAGCACUUUAUGCACAUCUGUUUUUAGACAUCAACAAGAAAAGUGUGUUUGUUCAGGAGUCUACAAAACAGGAAAACAAAAAUGAAGACAUGAUUGAUUUGCUCAAGACUGCAGUGGACAAGGCGCUCGAGAGUGAAACUGGACACUUGGAUCUUUUCCUUCGCUUCCUCCUCGGUCUGUCACUCCAGACCAAUCGUCCACUCUUACGAGGUCUGUUGACACAGCAAGAUGGCAAUGACCAGUGCUACAAUGAAGUAGUUCAGUACAUCAAGCAGAAGUUAGAAGAGAAUCUGUCUCCAGAGAGAUCCAUCAAUCUGUUCUACUGUCUGAAUGAACUGAACGACCAAACUCUGGUGAAAGCGAUUCAGACUCAACUUAGUGAAGGAAGUCUUUCAUCUGCUGACCUUUCACCUGCCCAGUGGUCUGCUGUGGCCUUUGUUUUGUUGACAUCAGAGGAAGAGAUGAAGGAGUUUGAGCUUCAGAAAUUCAAGAAAUCAGACGAGUGUCUCUUUAGACUAUUGGAAGUUGUGAAAAUCUCCAAAAGAGCUGUGUUAAACGAUUGUAGCAUAACAGACAAAAGCUGUUCAAGUCUGGCUAAAGCUCUCGAAUCAGAUAACAAUCUGGAAGAGCUGAUUAUGGACAAUAAUAGUCUGCAGGAUGCAGGAGUGAGGUUGCUCUGCGCUGGACUGAAUAGUGUAAAGUGUAAAUUGGAGAUACUGAGGCUCAGUAAGUGUGAUCUAACAGAGGAAAGCUGUUCAGCUCUGGCUUCAGUUCUCAAUUCAGACUCCAGCAGUCUGAAGGAUCUUGAUCUGAGCGAUAAUAAUCUAAAGGAUCCAGGAGUGAAGUUGCUCUCAGAUGGACUGAAAGAGAAUUGUAAACUAGAGAAACUAAAACUCUCUAACUGUAGUGUAACUGAAGAUGGGUAUAAAGCUCUGGCUUUAGCUCUGGAAGAGAACCCUUCACACCUGAUAGAGCUGGAUCUCACAGGAAAUGAUCCUGGACUAUCAGGAGUAAAGCAUCUCCUUGAUGUACUACAGAAACCAGACUGUAAACUAAAAAUUAGGUUUUUGAGUUCUAAAGCAGAGGAAGUCUUUCAGGAACUGACUGAUGUUCUGGGUAAAAACCUGUUACUCCUGAGAGAGCUGAAUCUGAAUGAAUGUAAACUGGGAUACUCAGGAUUGAAGAAACUUGUUCCUGUACUGGAAGAUAAACACUGUAAACUCAACAAAAUGAUUCUGAAUGACUCCUGUAUAACAGAAGAAGAUUGUCAUGCUUUAGCUGCAGCUUUAAAUUUAAAUCCUUCAAAUCUGAAAGAGCUGGAUCUAAGUGGGAGUAAUCUCAAAGACUCAGGGAUGAAGAUCAUCUCGUCUCUGUUUUCAAAUGUAGAAUGCAGACUGGAAAGGCUGAAGUUUCAUCACAUUUGUAUUACUCAAGAAGGUUGUGAUGCUCUGGCGUCAGCUUUUAAUGUAAACCCUUCAAACCUCAGAGAGCUGGAUCUGAGUGAGAAUAAAAUAGGAGACUCUGGAGUAACACAAAUUGCCACUCUACUGGGAAAUUCAGAGUGUGCACUGCAGAUACUCAGACUUUCCAACUGCAGUGUUACAGAAGAAGGUUAUAAAGCUCUGGCUUCAGCUCUGAGAUCAAACCCUUCACACCUGAUAGAGCUGUAUCUCACAGGAAAUGAUCCUGGACAAUCAGGAGUGAAAGAGCUCAGUGGUUUAUUACAGUUUCCAAACUGUCAACUGACACUGAGGUUUUUGAGUCCUGCUGCAGAUGAAGCCUGUCAAUUUGUAAACAGAGUUGUGGGUAAAAACACGUUACUCCAGAAUGAGCUGAAUCUGGGUGGACAUAAACUAGAAGACUCAAAUGUUAAGCAGCUUGCUGUGUUACUGCAAGAUAAACACUGUAAACUCAACAUGCUUCAGCUGAGUAAUAACUGUAUUGCAGAAGAAGGUUGUGCUGCUCUGACUUCAGCGUUUAAUUCAAACCCUUCAAACCUGAUGGAACUGGACCUGAGUGGAAAUUAUCUUGGAAACUCAGGAAUAGUGAAGAUCUGUCCUCUUUUGAAGAAUACACAGUGCAGAUUGGAGAAACUCAAACUUUCAAACUGCAGUAUCACAGAAGAAGGAUAUAAAGCUCUGGCUUCAGCUCUGAGGUCAAACCCUUCACACCUGAUAGAGCUGGAUCUCACAGGAAAUGAUCCUGGACAAUCAGGAGUGAAGGAGCUCAGUGAUUUACUACAGGAUCCAAACUGUCAACUCAAGACACUGAGGUUUUUGGGUCCUGCUGCAGAUGAAGCCUGUCAGUAUGUGACUGGACUUGUGGGUAAAAACCCGUUACUUCUGAGAGAGCUGAAUCUGAGUGAAUGUGAAAUAAGAGACAUAGGAGUGAAUCAGUUUGCUGCUCUACUGCAGGAUAAACACUGUCAACUCAACACACUGAUGCUGUGUGAUUGUGGCCUAACAGAUGAAAGCUGUUCAGCUCUUGCAACAGUCCUGAGAUCAAACUCCAGUCUGAAAGAGCUUGACGUCAGCAACAAUAAUCUGCAGGAUUCAGGAGUGAAGAAACUCCAGAAUGCAUUAGAAAAUACAAACUGCACAUUGGAGAAACUCAAACUUUCAAACUGCAGUAUCACAGAAGAAGGUUAUAAAGCUCUGGCUUCAGCUCUGAGAUCAAACCCUUCACACCUGAGAGAGCUGGAUCUCACAGGAAAUUAUCCUGGACGAUCAGGAGUGAAGGAGAUCAGUGAUUUACUACAGGAUGGACAUAAUCAAUUGAAGACUAUCAGGUUUUUGAAAAGUCAUGCUGCACAGAAAGCGUGUGACUAUCUCACUAAAGUUCUAGGUAAAAGUCCGUUAUUACUGACAGAACUGGAUCUGAGUGAAGAUAAAUUGGGAGAUUUGGAUGGAGAGAAGCUCUCUGCUCUUUUGAUGGACUCACAUAGCAAACUGGAGAAAAUGAAACUGAAUAAUUGUGAGCUGACUGAGAAAAGCUGUUCAGUUCUAGCUACUGUUCUCUCCUCCAAAACUAUCCUGAAAGAGCUGAACCUGAACAACAGCCAUCUGCUGGACUCAGGAGUCAAAGAGAUCUGUGAGGGACUGAAGAAUCCUGUAUGUAAGCUGAGGAUACUGAAACUUUCCAACUGCAGUGUUACAGAAGAAGGUUAUAAAGCUCUGGCUUCAUCUCUGAGAUCAAAUCCUUCACACUUGAUAGAGCUGGAUCUCACAGGAAAUGAUCCAGGACAAUCAGGAGUAAAGGAGCUCAAUGAUUUACUACAGGAUCCAAACUGUCAACUCAAGACACUGAGGUUUUUGGGUCCUGUUGCAGAUGAAGCCUGUCAGUAUGUGACUGGAAUUGUGGGAAACAACCCAUUACUCCUGAGAGAGCUGAAUCUGAGUGAACGUGAACUAGGAGACUCAAAUGUGAAGAAGCUUGCUGCUCUACUGCAGGAUAAACACUGUAAACUCAACACACUGAUACUUUCCAACUGCAGUGUUACAGAGGAAGGUUAUAAAGCUCUGGCUUCAUCUCUGAGAUUAAAUCCUUCACACCUGAUAGAGCUGGAUCUCAGAGGAAAUGAUCCUGGACAAUCAGGAGUGAAGGAGCUCAAUGAUUUACUACAGGAUCCAAACUGUCAACUCAAGACACUGAGGUUUUUGUGCCCUGUUGCAGAUGAAGCCUGUGAGUAUGUGAGAGGAAUUGUGGGCAAAGACCCGUUACUCCUGAGAGAGCUGAAUCUGAGUGAACAUGAACUAGGAGACACACGAGUGAAUCAGAUUGCUGCUCUACUGCAGGAUAAACACUGUAAACUCAACACACUGAUUCUGUGUGGAUGCAGUAUUACAGAGAAACAGUGUCUCAUCCUUACUUCAGCUCUGAAAUCAAACCUAUCAUACCUGAGAGAGCUGGAUCUCAGUGAGAAUAAACUACAAAAUAAAGGAGUGAAUAUUUUAUGUGAUGUACUGAAGGAUUCACACUGUAAACUAGAGAGAUUAAGGUUGAGAUACUGUGGCAUGACAUCUGAAGGAUGUUCUGCUGUGACUUCCGCUCUGAAUUCAAACCCAUCACACCUGAGAGAGCUGAACCUGAGUGCAAAUCAACUAGGAUUUGAAAACCUUGGUGUUUUGCUGAGGAACCCCAAAUUCAAGCUGGAAAUACUAGUUUUGUGUGGAUGCAGUAUUACAGAGAAACAGUGUCUCAUCCUUACUUCAGCUCUGAAAUCAAACCCAUUACACAUGAGAGAGCUGGACCUCAGCGAGAAUGAACUAAAAAACACAGGAGUGAAGCACUUAUGUGACAUACUUUAUGACUCACAAUGUAAACUGGAGAGACUGAGGUUCAGACACUCUGAUAUGACAGAUGAAGGUUGUUCUGCAGUGACUUCAGCUCUGAAAUCAAACCCAUCACACCUGAGAGAACUGGACCUCAGUGAGAACCACCUAGGAGAAUCUGGAGUGAAAAACCUCUGUGAUUUACUGAGGGACAAACAAUGCAACCUGGAGAAACUAGAUUUAUGUAGAUGCAGUAUUACAGAGAAACAGUGUCUCAUCCUGACUCUAGGACUGUGUUCAAACCUUUCACACCUGAGAGAGCUGAGCCUCAGUGGAAAUGAACUAAAAAACACAGGAGUGAAUCACUUAUGUGACGUACUGAAGGAUUCACACUGCAAACUGGAGAGACUGAGGUUAAAAUCCUGUGAUAUGACAGAUGAAGGUUGUUCUGCUCUGACUUCAGCUCUGAAAUCAAACUCAUCACACCUGAGAGAGCUGGAGCUGAGUGGGAAUAAAAUAAAACACAAAGGAAUGAAGCAUUUAUGUGACAUACUGAAGGAUUCAGACUGUAAACUGGAGAGAUUGAGCCUAAAAGACUGUGGCAUUACAGAUGUUGCUUGUUUGGCUCACGCUUUGACUAAGACAAAAGCAUUGCAUUGUUUAAAAGAACUUGAUCUGAGUAAGAAUAAAAUAGGAAACUCAAAGAAGCAGCUCAGUAAAGUGCUCAAAGACUCAAACUGUAACCUGAGACUAGACAGUGAAGAGACUCUGUUUAGAGUCAAUCUAAACAGCAUUGGUGGAUGGUUUUCAUCCAGACCAGUACCCAUCAGUUGAUGGAUCUUCACAAGAGCCUCACUAUAAUGUAAUCAAUGAAAUCUGUUCUCAACUGACAAUAUUUGUCCAGAAAAAUUAAAAUCAGUGUUUGUAUCCGUUUUAAAUCUUUGAGAACAACACUCUGUCAGAAUAGUUAUUGUUGAUGAGAUGUUGCCAAACCUAUUUGCUAUUUAAAACCUACAGCUAUGAGUAGUAUAGCUAUGAUACAUUUAACAAAUGUAAAGUUUAUUAUCCUAGCUUUUAUGUAUUACUAUUUAAAUGAUUACUAAUGCAUACAGGUAGAACAAAUUAAAUAAUGCUCACAUGAGUAAUGUUAAAUGGUUACUGGGCAAAAGGGGGUUAACAUUAACACAGAGAGACCAGUAUCUGGAAUGUUCCAAGAUAUAAAACGAAAGAUGCUAGAGCUUUUGCAGUGAAAUCUGCAUUUCUUUUGGAAUAGUCUUCCAAUUGAUAUUAGACUUUUUAUUACUUGUGAAGUCUUGUCAAUGUCUUUUUUUUUUUCUUUUUUUUUUUGAGUGUGUAUAAGUAUGUGCUAUAAAAUAUAAAUUAUUCUUGUUAUCAUUAUUAACAGUAACAGCAAUGGCUGACAAUUACAUUUGUGCUCGCUUUGGUGAAGUUUCCUCAAUGUUCUGCAAAAUAAUGUUCAUAGAGCAUCACUGCAAUCUCUAAAUGUUCAUUAAAGUUUCAUGAAGUUUAUGAGGGAAUAUUCUCAGAUGUUCCUACUCAGGACUGAAUGUUUGUGAUCAAACAGCUCAACGGGCUCCACGAUCAAAUUUAACAUAGUAAACUGUUGUGUCUAGAUUUUUGUUAUAAUGUUAUGCUCAUAAGAUGAUUGAUAUUCUGUUUGAGUAAUUGUUUUCUAUAAACAGAGUCUAUAGCUUAC